AUGACGAAAUGGUUGGCCUCCUCGAACGACGCGAAACGGAAGGACAUCUCGGAUGCGACUCCUUCGAAUAUCCCCACCACCACCACCACCCCUAACCCUAAUAAAGAGAAUUUUAAUAAAACGUUAAUGCCGUUAAAGCCUGGUAUGGCGGAUUGCGCGACUCUGCUUCUUCGCGCCUGCGUUUUAAACACUCAUUGCUAUGAAAUGGAGGUGAAAUCCAUCCAGGCAAGACUCACGAAUGAGCGAUUCGCGACGCUUUACAAAAAUAAAUUCCCUUCACUCACACCAAAGCGCGAAAAGAAAUUUUUGGCUUUAUCCUUAGGAAAGAACUCUCAACUUACAAAUCCAAAGGAUUGGGAGAAAAAGUACCCCCUUCCUAACCUGGAGCGAUGA